AUGGACAGGUACCAAAAGCGGCGCACUCUACUAUUCUCGCAGUUCCUUGGAUCAGGCAACAAUGGAGUCCAGCCGCCGAGCGUUACUAUUCAAGGCCCCGGUGGUCAGGUCGACAAUUACUCCGGAAGAUAUCCAGAUGUAGGGAGUGACAGCUCGUCAGGCAUUGCGAGACAGAGAACACCGUCACUUCAACUUCCCGAUCGCGCCGCGUCCAGGGCGUCAGUGGAUUCUCUUUUCCUCCCCAAAACUAGUCACCACAACACCUUGGACGUCAACCAUCACGAAGAUUCAAGAACAGGGACAUUAAUGAGCCAAAACUAUGCCUUCAACCCUAAUGAACCAUACGAUCGUAUGAGUCAGGUAUCCGCCCGUUAUGAUCCCAACGUCUACGAUCCCGGCGCCUACGAGCCUGACGGAGGCCAGACUCGUCAGUCAACACUGCUGGAUUCGCAAGCCUACUUUCAAGAUUUUGCCGGCCAUCAAAAUGAAGACUACAGGAAUAGUUAUGGAGGCGGGUAUCAUCGCUAUUCGCAGUCCGAUGCAUUUUCGCCGACAGCGAAUAUGGCACCUCCAUUAAUGCCGGCUUCGGAAAUAGCCCCUGGAAGCAUGCUUAAUCACCUUCUACCGCUGGAACCACGAGAUAUUCCUUUCUCGGUUUAUGACCCGUACGAUCCCAAUACCAUGAUGUCUAAAUUUGAUAAUUUACCUGCGGUUCUCCGACAUCGUGCGAAGACGCAAUCGAAGCAACCAGCCUACUGGGUUUUGGACCAGAAAGGCAAAGAGAUUGCGUCAAUCACAUGGGACAAAUUAGCCAGUCGCGCAGAGAAGGUUGCUCAAAUUAUACGGGACAAGAGCAGUUUAUACCGCGGCGAUCGAGUAGCACUAAUCUACCGCGAUACCGAGAUAAUUGAAUUUGCUGUGGCUUUGAUGGGUUGUUUCAUUGCCGGUGUGGUUGCUGUUCCCAUCAAUAAUAUAGACGACUAUGCAAGUCUUAGUGUCAUCCUCACGUCGACGCAAGCCCAUCUUGCCUUGACCACAGAGAACAAUUUGAAGAACUUCCAGCGGGAUAUCACAACCCAGAAGCUACAAUGGCCCAGGGGUGUUGAGUGGUGGAAGACAAACGAGUUCGGGAGUUAUCAUCCCAAGAAGAAGGAUGACGUUCCGCCUCUCGUUGUUCCCGACCUUGCCUAUAUUGAAUUCUCGCGAGCCCCUACAGGAGACUUGCGCGGGGUUGUCAUGAGCCAUCGAACGAUCAUGCACCAAAUGGCCUGCCUCAGUGCUAUCCUUUCUACCGUACCUGGCUCUAAAGGGGUUGCACAAGAACAAAGCAGAGUCUUGAGUGGUAGCCGCACCGAGAUAUUGUUUAGUUAUCUGGACCCAAGACAAAGCAUUGGUAUGAUCUUGGGUAUUUUGUUGACUGUUUACGGCGGGCACACAACGGUCUGGUUGGAAGCUCAAGCAGUAGAAACCCCCGGUCUUUACGCCCAUCUCAUCACAAAGUACAGGGCCACUGUAAUGGCUGCCGACUAUCCGGGAUUGAAGCGCGUCGCAUACAAUUAUCAGCAAGAUCCAAUGACCACACGGCACUUUAAGAAGAAUUCUGAACCGAACUUCUCCAGUGUAAAGCUUUGUUUGAUCGACACGCUCACAGUCGAUUCGGAGUUCCAUGAGAUUCUGGCAGAUAGAUGGCUGCGGCCGAUGCGGAAUCCCCGUGCGCGAGAGAUAGUCGCUCCAAUGCUAUGUCUGCCCGAGCACGGAGGUAUGGUGAUUAGCGUCCGAGAUUGGUUAGGAGGUGAAGAGAGAAUGGGAUGUCCCUUAACACAUCCUCUUGACCCGCAAGAGCCAGAGCAGCCAGAGCAGCCAGAAACCGAAAAGAAGAAGACAGAGAACAAUGACGGCUUCGGCAGCAGUCUAAUUGGAGGAACUCCAGUAACUGCCCCUAAAAAGAAGGUUACAAAUGAUCUAGCAGAAGUACUGUUGGAUAAGGAGGCUCUGAAAUCCAACGAGGUUGUUGUGUUAGCGAUGGGGGAAGAGGCGAGAAAGCUUGCAGAAACCCGCCCGAACAGUGUGCGAGUUGGUGCAUUUGGAUAUCCAUUACCGGACGCUACUCUUGCAAUCGUUGAUCCUGAGACUAAUUUAUUAUGCACGCCCAAUGUCAUUGGAGAGAUCUGGGUUGAUUCUCCGUCUUUGUCCGGUGGAUUCUGGGCGUUACCGAAACAUACAGAGACUAUUUUCCACGCCCGGCCAUAUAAAUUCGACCCUGGGAACCCUACUCCUGUGCUGGUAGAACCGGAAUUCCUUCGAACUGGUCUUCUAGGUUGUGUUAUCGAGGGCAAGAUAUUUGUCCUCGGUCUGUAUGAAGAUAGACUCAGGCAGAAGGUUGAAUGGGUGGAGCAUGGCCAAGAGAUUGUUGAACAUCGAUACUUCUUCGUGCAACAUUUGAUCAUCAGUAUCAUGAGGAACGUGCCAAAAGUCAACGAUUGCUCUGCGUUUGAUGUCUUUGUCAACGAGGAACAUUUGCCCAUUGUUGUGUUGGAGUCGUACACCGCUUCGACCGCGCCGACAACUUCCGGCGGGCCCCCACGACAGCUGGAUGUAGCACUUCUCGAAUCUUUGGCAGAGCGUUGCAUGGAGGUCCUCUACCAGGAACACCAUCUUCGUGUCUACUGUGUCAUGAUCACGGCUCCAAACACUCUUCCUCGCGUCACUAAAAACGGCAGGCAAGAGAUUGGAAACAUGCUUUGUCGGAAAGAAUUUGAUAACGGAACCCUUCCCUGUGUGCAUGUCAAGUUCGGAGCUGAACGCGCUGUGAUGAACCUGCCGCUCGGUGUAGACCCAGUUGGAGGGAUGUGGUCGCCGUUGUCGUCAGACUCUAGGCAAGAGAUUCUAGCCAUGGAAGAGAAACAAUACUCGGGAGUAGACUAUCGUGACAUUGUUAUGGACGAUAGGACAUCGACGCCACUUAAUAAUUUCACGAAUAUCGUCGAUCUUGUUCAAUGGCGUGUUACGCGUCAAGCAGAGGAGCUAUGCUACUGCUCCGUCGACGGCCGUGGCAAGGAAAGUAAAGGGGUGACAUGGAAGAAAUUUGACACAAAAGUAGCUGCUGUGGCUUCAUACCUUAAAAACAAGGUUAAAGUCAAGCCAGGCGAUCAUUUGGUACUUAUGUACACACAUUCGGAGGAGUAUGUCUUUGCAGUUCAUGCUUGUCUCUGUCUUGGCGCAAUCGCGAUUCCCAUGGCGCCGAUUGAUCAGAACCGAUUGCCGGAAGAUGCGCCCGCUUUCCUCCACGUCAUCUCAGACUUCAAAGUCAAAGCAAUCAUUGUAAACACCGAUGUGGAUCAUGUCAUGAAACAGAAGCUUGUUUCUCAACAUAUCAAGCAGUCUGCUCAAGUUCUCCGUAUUGGGGUUCCCGCUAUCUACAACACUACUAAACCGCCAAAGCAGUCACAUGGCUGCCGCGAUCUUGGUUUCACCAUGAACAAAGCAUGGCUCCAGGCGAACCAUCCUGCUGUUAUUUGGACUCACUGGACUGCUGAUCAGAGACGUAUCUCAGUACAGUUGAAUCAUGACACUUUGAUGGCAAUGUGUAAAGUACAGAAAGAGACAUGCCAAAUGACCAGCGCUAGACCAGUUUUGGGAAGUGUACGAAGUACCGUCGGGUUAGGAUUCCUGCACACCUGCCUGCUUGGAGUUUAUGUUGGUGCUCCAACGUAUUUGGUUUCCCCGGUGGAUUUUGCACAAAACCCCGCAUCGCUAUUUGUCGCAUUGGCGAGGUAUAAGAUCAAGGAUACGUAUGCUACCGGCCAGAUGUUAGAGUAUGCAAUGAGCUCCAUGGCUGGAAAAGGUUUCCAGCUUCAAGAGUUGAAGAAUUUGAUGAUUGCCACAGAUGGCCGACCAAAGGUCGAUAUGUACCAAAAAGUUCGACUGCAUUUUGCAGCAACCGCACUGGAUCGAACCGCAAUCAAUACUAUCUACUCCCACGUCCUCAAUCCAAUGGUUGCUUCCAGAUCCUACAUGUGCAUUGAGCCUAUCGAAUUAUGGCUCGACUUGCGUGCACUUCGACGGGGUAUGGUGUAUCCUGUGGAUCCAGAUGUUGACCCAACUGCCCUUCGUCUGCAAGAUUCUGGUAUGGUCCCAGUCAAUACUCAACUCGCAAUUGUGAACCCAGAAACCUGCACGUUGUGCCGUGUGGGAGAGUACGGAGAAAUUUGGAUUCAGUCCGACGCAUGCGCAAAGUCCUUCUAUGGCAGUAAACAGGAGUUUGACCUUGAGCGUUUCAAUGGCAAAGUCCUUGACGGCGACACUUCGGUACAGUAUGUGCGCACAGGUGACCUCGGUUUCCUUCAUACAGUCACCCGGCCAAUUGGUCCAGGUGGUCAGCCUGUUGAGAUGCAAGUUCUGUUUGUACUCGGUGGUAUUGGAGAGACCUUCGAGAUUAAUGGGCUGAAUCACUUCCCCGUCGAUAUCGAAGCGUCUGUGGAGAAAUGCCAUCGCAAUAUUGUUGCGGGCGGUUGUGCAGUUUUCCAAGCUGGUGGUCUAGUUGUUGUACUUGUUGAAGUAACCAGGAAGUCAUACUUGGCCUCUCUAGUCCCAGUCAUUGUUAAUGCCGUUCUCAAUGACCACCAAAUCGUUAUAGACAUUGUGGCUUUUGUCUCUUUAGGCGACUUCCCACGAUCUCGCCUUGGAGAAAAGCAGCGCGGAAAGAUCCUCGGCUCGUGGGUGACACGAAAGAUGCGCACGAUAGCUCAGUUCAGCAUUCGCGACGCGGAGGGAGCUGACGCUCAAAUGCUCCAGACUAGAAUGAGCAGAGGAUCUAAAACGGGAAGCAUGAUGGGAGGCAGCAGUCUUCGACGAUCAACGCUUGUUCCUGAUAGCGAUUCUAGUACGCGUGUUGCCACGGCACCGGUACAAGAAAGACGUGAACUCGUGGAUGAGCCGUACACGAUGCAGGAAGACGAGGAAGAAAAGCACUAUCAGGACCUACUCAACGACCCUGGUUAUACAACAGGUAAUGAUGCAUCUCGUGGAUUCCAAGAACAUCACGAUGUGUCGACGCCUCAACCUUUAACAAUUGAGACCCACCAAGGAUAUGAGAAGGAGAAAAACACGACACCAGUCUUAAGUCCAGAUGACGGCUUUGAUUUUGGGGACAGUUUCGGCCAAACAGGUUAUGACGACGAUCACCAGGAUCGUGGAGCCCUUACUACGAGAAAUGUACCAUCCGUUGCGGUAGCGCCUCCAUCGACAGCCGGGUCUCAAGACUCUCGAGUCUCGCACACCAGUCCUCCAAGGCGCCUGAGAAACGAUAGAGGUAAUUUACCAAGCCAGCAACAGCAGCAACAAUAUAGCAGAGCUCCACAAGUCUCAAGCCCAACCGAGAGCCAAUCGUGGCUCGAUACCUCCCAGCGACCGAACUCAACCGAAGACUGGCCGCAGGAGGCGCUUCUUUAUCAGUCGCAUUUUGAUGAGCAGGACGCAAACGGACAAUCUGGAAAGCAUCCAGGUAACUUUAAUGCUUUCUAA